ACUCCAAUUGCCUCUUGGAAAAAAAGCACUUUGGGGGCAAUGGAUCUUUGGGCAAAUAAUUCUCUGAGAUGCAAAUGCCAAAGGCUCCAGUUACCCUACUUCAGACAUAUGUAAGACCCAGAGCUUUGGAAAAAAGCUCUAAGAUGGAAAAAAAGCAGAGUGGACCAGCAUUAUGGUGCCAAUGAGGGAUCCAGUGGGAAACUAAAGAAUCGGUGAGGGAUCGUGGAGAAAAUUAUGUGGUCACUAGGAGUCAAAAAUGAUUUGGUGGCACAUAAUUUGUGCCUUGAGUGAGAAGUCUGGUUUGAUUUGUUCGAUGAUCCAUUGAUUUGUUUACUUGGCUGCCCAUAUGCCCAUAGAAUAUUGUCCAACACAAAUGGGUCAAAAGCUUCACUACUCUUCUUAUGUUGCUUCUUCAGCAUUCAAAAUCAGAAGCUGGAGGAGCUUAUUUAGCCAGGAGCUACAAAGUGCUAUACAAACUUAAGGCUUAGAGUUAGUUUGAUCUUUUUUCCCCUUCUAACCUAUUUUUUUUCUACAUCUAAAACCCUUCAUAGUGGGUUUUAAUGAACCCUCAGCCUUCCAGUUGUUCUCCACAUUACCUUCAUACUCUUCCCAUUCUUGAUUUAACUGGUGACUUAUCAGUGCUACGUAAGCAUUGGCAUUUUCCAUCCUAGAAAAUACCAGUAAUUAUACUAUUGUCCCUCUCAUUUAGUCAACAUGUUGUCUGUAAGGAUGUAGAUAUUUGUUGUGUAAGGAAAAAGUGUGACGGCUUUAAAAAAACAAACUUUGUUAUAUGUAUAUCUUUUGACACCCCAUAGGGUUCAAAAAGGAUUAUGAUCUUGGCUUAUCAGAGGACAAACCUACUGAGGCUUUAAAACAGCCUGACCUGUUUAUCAAACACUAGUACAUAUAUGGUGGGGGAAGAAGAAAAUGAGUUUAGUCUUUUUCAGCUUGCUUUUAACUUUCUAAGUAGGGAAAAGUCCCCAAAUAGGAAAACAACAGUAUAAAAGAAGGAUGGAAAUAUGUGGCACUUCGAAGAGUUUUGGGCCAAAAAAUUCCAUAUUCCAUAUCCGUGAUCAACAUCCAAUGAUACAUUCAUUCUUUUAUGUGUUCUAUCCGGUUAUUGUAUGAUUCAGACUAUGAAGAUUAACCAAAACACUGUACUGCAGGGGAAGAGGGUAGCCCUUGUACCAUAUAUGUCUGCUCAUGUACCCAGAUACCAUGAGUGGAUGAAGUCUGAAGAACUACAGCGUCUGACUGCAUCUGAACCCCUAAGCCUUGAACAGGAAUAUGAGAUGCAGUGCAGCUGGCGGGAAGAUGCAGACAAAUGCACAUUUAUAAUACUUGAUGCUGAAAAGUGGUCUAGCCAGAAAGCCACAGAAGAAGACUGUAUGGUGGGAGAUGUGAACUUGUUCCUUACCAAUUCUGAAGAUCCAACAGUGGGAGAGAUAGAAAUCAUGAUUGCAGAGCCCAACUACCGUGGCAGAGGGUUUGGCAAGGAGGCCACUCUCAUCAUGAUGUUUUAUGGAAUUACGCAUCUUGGACUCACCACUUUUGAGGCAAAAAUUAAAUUGGAAAAUGAAACCAGUAUUGGCAUGUUCAAAAAAAUUCAUUUUCAAGAGGUGGGAGUAAAUAGAACCUUCCAAGAAGUGACACUGAAACUGAUUAUGGACGAACAGGAGAAACAGUGGCUUUUUGAGCAAACUAAUGGAAUGAUUGAAACAAAAUACAGUGCCAUGAAACUGCACCACAAUUGUGACAGCUGAGAAGCUACGCUCAAUUUGUCUCAAAUUUAGAAAGAUGGUUUUUUCUUGUCCAAAAUUGGAAUCGUGUCCCGAAUCCAUGGCACUGGCUCUUGCUGAAGAAGAAAAUGAAGUGUGACCUCUGCCUUGUAAUUGCCUUAGAUUUAAUUUAAUUUAUUAGAUUUAUAGGCCGCCCGAUCCCGGAGGACUCCGUCCGGCUUACACAAAACAAGAAAAGAAAAACAAACAAAAUAAAAUAAAAAUAAAGAUUAAAAUUC